AUGACAAAAACCUGGUUGAUGGCUAAACAGUUAUUUUAUUGGCCCUGCAUGAAAAAAGAUAUAGAAAGCUUUAUAGAGUCAUGUAAUGUUUGUUUAAAAUUUAGCUGUUCUAAGGUAAAAGAGCCGAUGCUAUGUCAUGAUAUUCCUGAACUACCUUAUACAAAAAUUGGUAUGGAUAUUGCACAGUUCCAAGGAAAAAAUUAUAUAGUAGUUAAUGAUUACUUUUCUAGAUGGCUAGAGGUGGAAGAAAUCAGAGGUAAAACUACUAGUGAUGUUGUUGAAAAACUUAAAAAAAUAUUUAGUAGGUUUGGUAUACCCAAAAAUAUUUGGGAUAUACAAUUAAUUACAUCCAGUCCAUACUUUCAUCAAAGCAAUGGCUUGGCUGAAAAAUCGGUAGACAUAGUUAAGGGCAUGUUAAAAAAAAUUGGUGAAGAAGGUGGUGAUCUGAACAUAUACUUACUAAAUUACAGAAACACACCUAUAACAGGUCUAAAUUAUUCACCUGCUCAGCUGUUGCAAAGUAGAAGAUUAAGGUCUUUAAUAAUGAACUAUAAUAAAAAUGCAGGAAAGGAAGAAAAAGAGUUUUAUGUAGGUCAGAAAGUCUACAUUCAAAAUGCACUUAACAAAAAGUGGUUCCCAGGUAUAAUUGUUAACAAAACAAAGUACCCUAGAUCUUAUAUAGUCAAAGAUGUGAAUGAUAAAAUACUGAGGCGCAAUUCAAAGUUCAUUAAAAAAGUUAAAGAUUAUGAUUUAGUUAAUGGUUUUGAUGAUGAGAUUAAUAUGGGUGAGAAAAAAGAUAACAUUCUAGCUGAAAAAGAAAAAAAUAAUAUUAAUGUGCAAGAAAAAAGAGACAGUAAUAUUACAAGGUAUGGUCGCAAAAUUAAAAAAGUUGAGAGAUAUGGUUAUAAUAAGUUCUAA